AUGAAACAAUUUCUCAAACGAAUUAAUAAACUUAAUGCUCUUCCUGAACUCAAGCUACUCGAAUUAACAAACAAAAUUGAAAAAAUUAAUUUUUCUAUUCAUCACAAAAUCAAAAAACUUACUAAACAAUCUGAAUUGAAUAUUACUGAUGAAAUUACUGAUUUUAAUUCUAGCAACAUUGAAAAAAUAAUUGUUCAAGCAUAUGAAGCAGCACAAGAUAUGGCAGUAUCAGUAGGAAUGAGUAAAGAUCUGAUUAAAUACGAUCUUUUCGAUAUGGAACAAUCAUCACAAUUGGCAGAGAAAUUAUUGAGAUUAAACAAUUUAACUGAGACGGAAAUACUGAUUAUUGAUGGUAGUAAUAGUGAAGAUAGUGAUGAAGAAGAUAUUUUUGAUGGAUAUGACUUUGAAGAACGUCUUGAUGAUGAAGAAGAGGAAGAGAAAAAGGAAGAAGAGGAAGAUGAUGAUGACCCUGGUUUAGAUGGUGAUGAAGAAGAUAAUGUUGAUGAUGAAGAAGAUCAUGAUGAAGUUGAUUAUGAUGAAAAUAACGAAGAAACUAUUAAUGAUGAUAUUGACGAAUCAGAUGAAAAUACUGGUGAUUAUGAUUCAUCUGAAGAUGAUGCACAACCAACGAUUACUUUCGAAAAUGUACAAGCAACAUCUUUUUCAGGUGUUUACUAG